AUGUCGCCAACAGCCGACUGCACUCAAUUGCCCACGCCUGCUCCAAUCCCCAAGCUCAACGGCGCCCCUCUCCGAUCCAAAGAAUACUUCGAAAAUCGAUCAGCGGAUGAGAUGCAGAAGAAUCUCAAAAUACCUCAGCGUACUCUCCAGGAGACUCUAGCUUGUGCCUGUCGGCUUGUCGCAGCUAAGCAGGAGGACGCUGGUUUGGCUGGUCAGAUUAGUGCGCGGUCUGACCGAGGUGAUGGCUUUUACUGGACUCUCAAGUUUGGCUUGGGCUGGGAUGAGGCUAUGCCGGAGGACUUCAUCGAGGUAGAUGGAGAUCUCAAUACCGUCAUCGGCGAAGGCAUGGCUAACCCAGCGACACGCUUCCAUCUAUGGGUUUACGCCGGUCGGCCCGACAUCCAGUCCAUCAUUCACACACAUUCUCCCUGGGUACAGGUCAUGGCAGCCGCCAAAGAACCCCUUAUAAUUGCUCAGAUGGAUAUGACGCCCUUCUUCAACGACUGUGCCUUCCUAGGUGAAUGGCCCGGCGUCCCUAUCGCUGAUCAAGAGGGCGUUAUUAUUACAGAGGCUCUGGGAGACAAAUACUCUAUUCUGCUGGCUAACCAUGGGAUGUUGACGGCUGGGAGGAGCAUCCAAGAGGCAACAUAUCUGGCAGUAUAUCUCGAGAGAGCAGCUCGCAUCCAGGUUCAAGCACGAGUUUUUGGUCCUCUUAAACCAGUUGAUGAAGAAUUGGCUCGCGAAGCCGGUUCGUAUUUACGUCGGCCCAGAAUCAUGAAUGCAACCUUUGAGUACUGGUACCGGCAAACAAGACCUAUCAAGCCGCUGCCAUUCUAG